AGAAACCCAACCUCGCACCUCACAUCGCAUCCUGCCCAUCCUCAAUCCACCAGAAAUUCCACUCACUCCAUCCUCGAUGCUGCGACGAUAUUGUCCUCUGGCCACCUUGCAUGUCGUUGCUUUAGUCGCCUAACAUUCUGAACAUCGCAUAUUGUUGGGCUCAUUCACUUAGAGGCCACGGGCAAGCGAUCGCACAGGGCGUCACUACUCCUGGGUGCGGCAGUAUCACUUCACUUUUGGUUUAUGAGAGUUCUUCAACAUGGCUGCAACUCCGCCUUCACAGAUCGUUGGCACGCCGGACACUCCUCUGACACCACUUCACGGCGCUGCCUAUGAUCGAUCAAAUCCUCGACGCGGCGCAAGAUCCAGUGCACGAAUCGCAUCAAAAGAGUUGCGCACUACCCCGGAUGCUUCACUGCGUAAUGAACCAAGUGUGCACCCGGUGACGACUCCAAGGUCUUCCAGAAAGACCGGCGCCCAACCUUCAGAUCUAUUUCACUCACCAGAAUUGACGCCUAAGAAUAAAUCGACGCGCCGAGUGCAUAUUACAUCUCCUCCUUCUCCCGACACUCACACUUCGUUCACCAAGAAAGCGUCCGCUUCGAAGUCUCACCUCCAACCUUUCGAGUCAUCCUCAACCAUGAUCUCAGACGGCAUGCUACCUACACCAGUCAAAACCCCGAAGAAAAAGGUGGUGUCGAAAGUGAAUGGGACAGCUCGCGCUCUUUUCCAAGAUCCAACCCAACUUACAACAGAACCGCCAAGUUCCAGGAAAGGUCGAAAGAACAAGAGACACAACGGCUUCUCACUCGAGAGCUUCUCGGCUGGUGAUAAUCAGAGUGGAGGCAGUAUUCAGAUCUUCACGGAUUCUCGCGACAGAGUUCCCCAAAUGGACAAGAGCAAGGCGAAUCCGUUUGUCGAGGAAGCUAUGGACAAUGCAGCUUCAUCUUCUCAGAAAGUCGCUAAGACCGCUAAGCGCCGGAAAGUGAGCUUGGAGAAGAAGUCAGAUCCUCAGGUGGAAGAAGCUAUUGCAAACGAUGAGGGCAUGGUCUAUGUUUUCCGUGGCAAGAAGGUUUUCAGACGCUUCAAUGACGAUGAAGAUGAGGAAGAAGAGAUCAGUGCCGAAGACCUUGAAGAUCUUGGUCUUCUGGAGCACACUCCCAGAGGAUCUCGUAUCAAGCCGCUCAAGACACUUAGUCGACGAUCGAUCAAGCCGACCCGGCUGUUUCAAUCCGAACAAGAGAAACGAGCUCGUGAACAACAGAAGGAGGAAGAAGCACUAACUGACAUUGAGGAUGCCACCUUGGAUGGAGAUCAGCUGACUAGCAAUUCGCCUGAGCAGUCUCCUUCCAAACAUGGCCGAUCACUGCGCUCAGCUCGCAAGCUGUCGCCAGAUGAAGCCGAAGUCAGUUCACAGCAUGGGUCCGGGGGUGUCUCAUCGAAGAGAUCUAGUCCAUUCGACGCAUGGCCACGAGUCAAGGGAAGCCGUGGUGCCACUUCAACGUCCAAAGGAAGAAAACGAGGUGCGACUGACACUAUUGAUGGGAUUGUUGAUGUUGCUGGAAGUGAGGGCAAAAAGACCAGGGUUUGAGGUGCACUUCACUCAAACUGAAGUUUUUUCAGUCGGUGCUUUUGGUUGAUUCAGGAAUCACGACUUGUUGUAUAAGACUUUUCGUCUUGCUUGCAGGAUUGGUCCUGCACCCUGGAGGCCAGUCAAUCUGGCUCAUAUCUUGUUGAAGUGAUGGCCCAAGGAUUUGUCAUUUGUGCUGGAGGUGGUUUCGAUGCUUUUCAAAAUUCUCAACAAUGGCAAGCACUUCGGUGUAUCAGGAUGUCCGAUGCCGAGUUCAAAAGAUACCCAGUUUUACAAUCAUUAUCAUUCUUAAUGCUGCCUGCAUGUUCGAAUUUUGUAGCUCUCCUUGUAAA